AUGGAUCCCGAACUCGAACGCGUGUUUAAUCGCGCGGUCGAGGCGGGGGUGAAACUUUUCGAUACGGCGGAUUCGUACGGAACCGGGGCGGGAUUCGACGGGCGAAGCGAGACGCUGCUCGGGCGGUUUCUGAAAAACUGCCCGAGCGAUGAGGCGAAGGAUGUCAUCCUGGCGACGAAGCUGGCGCCGUUUCCGUGGCGGGUGACGAGUGGAAGCUUUGUGAAGGCGGCGAGGGAAAGCGCGGCGCGGUUGCAGUUGGAGAAGAUUCCGCUCGGGCAGUUGCACUGGUCGACGGGAAACUACCAACCGUUGCAGGAGGGGGCGCUGUGGGCGGGGAUCGCCGACGCGUACGAUGAGGGCGUCAUCGGUGCCGUGGGGUUGUCGAAUUACGGACCGAAACAAUUAAGGAAGAUUCACAAGUACAUGAGCGCGCGAGGGGUGCCGAUUUCGACGUUGCAGGUGCAAUAUCAUUUGCUGAGUCGAUUUCCAGAGCUGAACGGCACCAAGGAGACGUGCGACGAACUGGGCAUUAAGCUCAUCGCGUACAGCCCGCUCGCCUUGGGGUUACUCACCGGAAAGUAUAGCGUAGAAAAUCCACCACCAGGGAUUCGUGGGGUGGCGUACAAAGGGGUGCUACCGCCGCUCCCGACGCUUUUAGAAACCAUGCGAGAAGUCGGCGAUGCGCACGGCGGCAAGACGCUUCCGCAAGUCGCUCUCAACUGGUGCAUGUGCAAGGACACUGUGCCUAUUCCGGGCGCGAAAAAUAUGCGUCAACUCGAAGACAACCUCGGUUCGCUCGGAUGGCGCUUGAGUGCGAGCGAAAUCGAAGAGCUCGAUCGCGCGGCGGUCAAGGUUGGUAAGUCGACGUCGCAAAACAUAUUUCAAACGUCUUAG